AAAAAAGAAGUUUUGCAUUGUCAGCUCCUGAAUUCAUUUGUCAAAUUAAUAGUACCAUCAAUUGUGAUUUGUGAAUAUUUUCACCUAAUUUGCUCCAAUUUUCUCUUUUAUUUUGUAUAUCUAUAUCUAUUUUCCAAAAGUUUCUACCAGUCAAAGGUAAAAACAGGUUUUUUUUGGAGCGUUUUUCGGAGAGAGAGAGAGAGGGAGAGAGAGUGACUUUUCUGUACGCAAACGCUCGAUACACCCCCUCUUCCGUGACUUCUCACCGGCAACUAUUUCUCUUCUUGAUCUUUUAAUCUGUCUGUGUAUUAUCAGAUUACAGCUAUGGCCACCAGUGGAAAUAGAAACAUGAACGCCAAAUUGGUUCUUCUUGGGGAUGUAGGGGCUGGAAAAUCUAGCUUGGUGCUGCGUUUUGUCAAAGGCCAAUUUGUUGAAUUUCAGGAAUCAACUAUUGGGGCUGCCUUUUUCUCACAAACCUUGGCUGUAAAUGAUGCAACUGUAAAAUUUGAAAUAUGGGAUACCGCUGGUCAAGAGAGAUACCAUAGCUUAGCUCCCAUGUACUACAGAGGAGCUGCAGCUGCAAUAAUAGUUUAUGAUAUAACGAAUCAAGCCUCAUUUGAGAAAGCAAAGAAAUGGGUCAAAGAGCUUCAAGCACAAGGUAAUUCGGACAUGGUUGUGGCUCUUGCUGGGAAUAAAGCUGAUUUGCUAGAUGCGAGAAAGGUCCCAGCGGAGGAUGCACAAGUAUAUGCCCAGGAAAAUGGCCUUUUCUUCAUGGAAACCUCUGCAAAAAAUGCAACCAAUGUCAAUGACAUUUUCUAUGAGAUAGCAAAGAGACUGCCACGGGUGCAACCUUCACCAAACCCAUCAGGAAUGGUUCUUAUGGAUAGAACAGAAAGAACAGCAACUGCUUCGUGUUGCUCUUAAAGCUCUUUGGAGAUGGAUUGAAUUAGAGAGCUAUCAUUCUGAAUUUUACUUGUUUGUGUCAUAUGUUCAGGACUGCACUGUACAGCCAUGGUGGUUCAGAAUAUAUUGUCAUUUUCAAUGCCAGAUGGUGUUAAUAUUAUGUGUAAUGUAAAUGUUCUGGCAUGCUUUGAACCUGUUUAGGAAUAAACAUGUUUUGAGUUGAAAUUUGGAAGUCCAUGUGAAUGAUGCCUUAUUCUAUGUUGCUUGAGGGAAGGAAAGAUGAAUGUAGUAUGGUGAUGGGUUUGAUUGGAUCA